AUUCUUCACUAUCCAUCAAUCCAUCCUUCAAUCUUUCACUUCUGUGAUUCAGUAGCGUACUGUUUCAUCUGCCAUCUCCCCCAGUUCCGCGACUUUUUUCUCAUCUGAGAAAGUAACUACCUGUUCGGAACGAAAGUUAUCUCCUACUGUUUCGUCUACGUUCUCCCUCAGUUCCGCGACUCUUUUCUCAUCCGAGAAAAUGGCUACUUGUUAGGAAUGAAAGCUCCAACGCAAAGUUUCAUCUUUUCCUCAACUCAAUCCACCAUGGAUAUCCCCAACGUUGGUCAGGCCAUGGCCCUCGGUGAUCUCUAUAAUGCUCGAACUGGACAUUGCACCAACGUCUCGGUCCUCAAAAACGCUCUCCCUCAAACUCUCAUCGAGUCCCGAGAUGAGAACGCAAUCAACACAAAGUUCAUCUCCGAAGAGACUUACAAGGAAAAGUUCGAGGCUUUCGAGAUCAAUGGGAACCUAAAGCUGAAUAUCCUUGCCAACCUCGUCACCUUGAACGCCCAGGGCAAGUAUCUCACAACCGAAAAGAAAUCUUCGAAAUCGGUCAAGGUCUCGAUGUCCUAUGCCGUCCAGACGAAAUUGGACAGGAUUAACAUCCGAUCGGACAUGAUUCGAGAGUACAUCAACACAAAGGCUUUGGACGAUCCUGAGGCCACUCAUGUCGUCACGGGGAUCCAAUGGGGGGCCAACAUGGUGUGUUCCUUUGAACAUAGUCUGAAUGAAGGAGAGACUAAAAAGGAGGUCUCGGGUACCCUGAGUGCUUCUUGUAAUACUGUUAAAGUCGGUGUGGAGCUCGGUGGCGGACUGACAGAGGAAACCGAACAAUCCAACAAGGACAUGUCUGUCCAGAUCAGUAUCCUCGGUGACAUUGUACUCAAGGCAGAUUCCUAUCCAACCACGGUCGAGGAUGCCGUUCAGCUCAUGAGACAAGUGCCCGAAUUCGUGAAGGGAGUGAACGAAGGGAAAGGAAGUGUCCUGCAGUACAAACUUGAGCCGAUCGAAAAGGUCCGGGCCCACUUUGAUCUCGAGGCCAGGAUCGCGUCGGUGAUCAACACCAUCAGCUCGGAGCUGGUCGAUAAAGUCGAGAGCAUCUUUGAUACCAUUGUCGAGAACCGGAUCCGUUUAACCGAGGCCUCGAAUGAUAUUCUCGAAUACAGUCAGUACAUUACCGAGACUGAGGUGAAACGAAUCAACAAGGAGCUCAAGAAUUUCAACCGAGAUGAACGAGAGUUCAAACACUCCCUCUCCGAGACUGUCCAAGCCAUUCAGACUGGGAAGGCUGGGAACGCACCUGAGGAUGCACUGUUCCGAUUAUUGAGAGAGCUUGAAGAGGGAAGUUGCUCUUCAUCGAUGGUCGAUGACGUCAUUGAGAGUUACCAGGCCCUGUCGAGACGGAUUUCUUUUAUCCGUCAUUGUGAAAAGGUCAAUAUCAAGGUCAUCUCCAGAGGGCAUGAUAUCUCAAACUUCUUGUCACCCUCAGCGACGGGCAAGACUUUUAUCCUUAUCAUCCCAAAGUCCAUUGACUAUACCGCGGUCGAACAAAGCCACGACUGGCACAUUUUCCAACUCUUGAGAGAGGACAACAAGGAUGCGAAUUUUAUGAUUCAUGACGCCUCGAUCUCACCCACGGACCCGCAGUCGAGGGAUCUUACCGAGUUGACGAUCUUCAAGUACUAUGGGAGUAAGAGGUCGUCUGCUCAAGAUACCUUCCGAGCCUCGAUCCUUCGUUCUUCUGUCAAAUUGUCCAAGACGGAACUCGUGACUCAAGCGGAGAGAACCAAACUCGCUGGCCAUGCCCUGAGAAUGCCCUGUCCUUUAUCCCAUGAGGGCGAGUGUCACUCUGGCGUCUUGAAGUGGGUCUGCUUCAAGUGUGAGGAGGUCCUGCAGUACGAAUACGACGAAGUCGUCUAUUGUCUUUGUGGAAAGACAUCACUCGAGAACUGUACCUUCCGAUGUGACUCGAUCGCACAUGGUUAUCAAUACAAGAAACUCCAUGCCCGAUCCAUUCAGUCGAUCCGCGAAAAGAUUCACCCGGGAGAUGACGAGAUCAACAUCCUGCUGUUGGGCGAGACUGGGGUCGGGAAAUCGACCUUUAUCAAUGCCUUUGCAAACUAUCUCCGAUACGACAGUCUGGAGGUUGCCGAACGGAUGGAGAUGACGACGUUGAUCCAAUCGAGUUUCGAGAUCGAGGGCACAAAAGUCACUGCCGGGAAACCGGACCAGAAUGAAAAGUUGAAGGAUGGUCAAUCGAGUACCCAAUAUUGUCGAUCCUAUGUCUUUCCCCUGAACGACGACAUCAAGAUCCGAUUGAUCGACACUCCCGGGAUCGGAGACACUCGAGGGGUGAAACAAGACCGGAUCAACUUUGAAGAGAUUAUGGACUACAUCUCUGGAUUCGACAAGAUCAACGGAGUCUGCAUCCUCCUAUUGCCCGAUACCCCACGUCUGACGACCUCGUUUCGAUUCUGUAUCGACGAACUGUUGUUGCAUCUUCAUAAGACUGCCGCCGACAAUAUCCUCUUCACUUUCACAAAGACGCGAUCUUCCUUCUACGGGCCCGGAGAUACCAUGACGCCGUUGAAGACCUAUAUGAGGGAAUUAGAAAAAGCAAGCGGCAUCACCAUCCCAUUGGAGCCUAACACCAUGUUCUUCUUCGACAAUGAAUCGUUUCGACUCUAUGCAGCCUUGAAACAAGGUAUUAUCUUCGAUCAGAAUACAAAAGAUGCCUUUGGAGCGAGUUGGACCAAAUCCGUGGAGGAGGCCCGAAGACUGGUCAAGCGAAUCAUAGACUUGACACCUCACAAGACAGCCGAGACCGUGACCUUGGAUAUGGCCCGUCGUUCGAUCCUCCUCUUAACGCCACCGAUGGCCAAGAUCAAUGAAAACAUCACCAUCGAGCUCAAGGACAUCAAGAACCUGAGGAUCGAGGCUCAGAACAACAAGAUCAGUGCCAAGGAUCUGAAAGCGAGACUCGUGUGUUUUUAUAUGGAUUUGGAUCCCAUCAAUCUCGCACGCCCAAGAACGGUCUGUACCUCUGAUUCCUGUACGACUGUUCACGACAAGAUUGUCCGAUACAACAAAAACUGUCAUGAGGACUGUCAACUCGAGAACGUGGCCAUCAACGUGAUCAACCAUGCGGGUCUGAGGAAAUGUUGGGCCAUGAAAGGCGGGGAGACCUGUAGGGUAUGUGGCUGUCGAUGGGAGAAACACAUGCACGUCAAGAUUGACUAUACUGAGGUCAAGAAACAAAAGACCGAUACCGCCGUCGAGAAACAGUUGAAGGAAAAACUCUCCGCGGUCGAUGCCAUGCAAAUGGCGAUCGCCGAGGCCGAUGAGCGGAUCAAGACCUUGGACUUGGAAAAGAAGGUUAUCUUUGAUUCCCUCAUGACCUUCACGGGCUUCCUACUUCAGAAUUCGAUUCUGGUUCAGAACAAUGGGAUCGUGGCCUAUAUCGACAUGAGUAUCGAGAACCAGGAGAGGAUUGCUCAGAAGACACAAGACUUUACGAUCGUGAACUCUCUGAUAGAGCAGAGGAACGAAUUCGUGACCCAGAUGGAGAUCUUUGAAAAGGCUAUCAAAGAUGGCAAGUCCAAUACGGCCAAGAUCAUACCGUCGGGGGUCAUCAACGCUAGAGAAGCGCUUUGUCAGUUGGAGGUCAAUGGUAAGGCCUUGACCACGGUUCUGGAUUGGGGAAAACAGAAUCAAAUCCAGCUCUCGAAACGGGAAACUCGGAUCGUGGAUGGAUAUGUCUCGGGAGGUUGGAGUUUGUCGGGUGCUUUUUCCAGCGCAAAGAAAUCGGUGUUCAAGAAGUUGGGAUUCCAGAAAGAAAUGUGAGAUAAGAAGGGGACCUCGUUCAGAGUGUGUGUGAACGAGUGAUGGUUUUAUAUUGGUCAAGAACAGAGAAGAAUACCAUAGGGAAAUGUAGCCUUAUAUUGCUAUAACUUUUUGUUAUACCUUUUUGUUCUAUAUCCGAC